AUGUCCCUCAGUUUGGCUUUGCCUGGUAUUUCCAGGUUUCCAGGUAUGCCUGAUGCCCACCCCGGGGAAGGAGCCACAUCCUCAUUCCUGGACAGGACCCAGCAGUUAAGCAUGGCCGAGGAAGGAAGCCUGGUGGAGAGUGUGGAGUCUGAGGCCAGCGACGAGGCCGAAGAAGACAGAUCACAGCUGGUGGUUUUGGACCCAAACCAUCCCCUGAUGAUAAGAUUCCAGGCUGCCCUGAAGAACUAUCUUAACCGGCAAAUAGAGAAACUGAGGCUGGAACUUCAAGAGCUGGGCGUGGCCACCAAGCAAAGCCGAAUCCAGAGGCAGGAGCUGGGGGUGGACCUUUACGGGGUCCAGCAGCACCUGGCCCGCCUGCAGAUGCAGCUCGAGAAGAGCCACGACCGCCACUCGAUCACAGCGUGCGAGAGGCGGAGGAAGGAGGAGGAGCUGCAGAGCGUGCGCCUGCGCUACGCCAGGACCUGCGAGACCGCCGGCGAGGAGCGCAAGAAGCUGGCAGCUCUGCAAACCGAGGUGGAGACCCUGGCUCUGCAUCUCUUCUACAUGCAGAACAUAGACCAGGAUGUGCGUGACGACAUCCGGUUGAUGAAGCGAGUCGUGAAGAAGUCAGAAGCCGAGCGCAUGCGGGCCGAGUUGGAGAAGAAGCAGCAGGACCUGCACGUGGACCAGCUGACCACCCGAGCCAACCAGCUGGAAGAACAGAUUGCCCUGUUCGAGGCCCAGUACCGCGCGCAGGCUGAGGACACCCGGACGCUCAGGAAGGCAGUGAGCGAGGCCUGCACGGAAAUAGAUGCCAUCAACGUGGAGAAAAAGCGCAUCCUGCAGCAGUGGGCCGCCAGCCUGCUGGGCAUGAAGCACCGCAACGAGGCUCACAAGACCAUCCAAGAGGCACUCAGCGAAUGCCAGCAUCAAGUCAAGUCCAUGGAUGGCGAGCUCGAAGCCUAUAAGAAAUCCAUCAUAAAGGAGGAAGAAAAGAAUGAGAAACUGGCCAGUAUCCUGAACCGGGCAGAGACGGAAACCAGCCUGAUGCAGAAACUGACUUCGCAGUGCCUGGCCAAGGAGGAGGCCCUGCAGAAUGAGUUCAACACCUACAGGCUCACCCUGCUGGACACGGAGGACGCACUGGGCAAGGCCCACAUGGAAUACACGGCAACCAUAGGCCAAUUGCAGACUCUCCACCAGACCAUCCAACAUGAGCUGGAGCUGGGGAGGAAGAUGGAUGCCUCCAUCGUGGAGAAGCUGCAGGAGCACGUGACCUCCAACAAGAUGACAAAGUACUUCCACCAGCUCAUCCUGAAGCUCCAGAAGGAAAAGACCAACCUGGUGACACAUCAUUCCAAAAUUGACGGUGACAUUGCUCAGACCACCCUGGACGUCACGAACACCAGCUGCAGGCUGGACAUGCAUCAGAAGACACUGGCUGAGCUGGACAAGGAAGUGAAAAAAGUCAACGACCUCAUCACAAACAGUGAAAAUGAAAUCUCCAGGCGCACAAUCCUGAUUGAGAGAAAGCAAGGCCUCAUCAACUUUUUGAACAAGCAGCUGGAGCAGAUGAUUUCUGAACUCGGGGGGGAAGAAGUGGGGCCCCUGGAGCUGGAGAUCAAGAGGCUGACCAAGCUGAUCGAGGAGCACAACGCCGGCGUGACGCAGGCCCAGGUGACCUGGCUCCGGCUGCAGCAGGAGAUGGUGGUGGCCACGCAGGGGCGCGAGAAACACCUGGCCUCCCUGGACAUGUCCAAGAAGGAGAUCCACAUCCUGGAGCAGAAGAAACUACGGAUAGAAAACAAGAUCGACCAGGAGAAGAAAGAGCAGAAGCAGAUCGAGCGGCACAUGAAGGACCUGGACAAUGACCUGAAGAAGCUCAACGUGCUGAUGAACCAGAGCCGAUGCAGCUCCGAGGAGCUGCAGCAGGGCAACCUGGCCACAGAGGGCGAGUUCGUGCGUGCGCUCAAGGCCUCGGAGCGAGAGACCAUCGAAAUGCAGGAGAAGCUGAACGAGCUCAGGGAGGAGAAGGCGGCCGUGCUCAACAGCCUGGUGGAGGCGGAACACCAGAUCAUGCUUUGGGACAAAAAAAUCCAACUGGCAAAAGAGAUGCGCGCCUCAGUGGAUUCCGAGACGGGCCAGGCAGAGAUCCGGGCCAUGAAGGCCGAGAUCCACAGGAUGAAGGUCAAGCACGGCCAACUGCUGAAGCAGCAGGAGAAGAUGAUCCAGGACAUGGAGCUGGCUGUCGCACGCAGAGAGACCAUCUCCACUCGGGCCGAGGGGCAGUGCAAGAUGGACAAGAAGCUGCUCACCCGCACAGACUUCCACCGCAAGCAGACCGAGCUGAGACGGAAGAUCAGGGACAUUCACAAGGCCACCGAGGAGUGCACCCAAACCAUCCUAGAACUGGAAGAAACUCAAAAAUCCGUGAGCGACUCCCUCCUGGAGAAACAGGAGCAGCUGUCAAGGAUGCAGGCCAAGGCCGACGAGCUCGAAGCUGACCUGUACCAGCUGGCAGCCCUCAAGCGGCAGAACCUUUCCACGCUCGUGGCCCUGCAGUCACGCCUCAAGCACCUGCAGGCCGUGAAGGACGGGCGCUACAUCUUCCUGCUCCGCAAUAAGCAGUCACUGCUGGCAGAGCUCAAGCGGCUGGACGACCGCCUGGCCAGCAUCAGCACCAUCCUCCACCACGUGAAGGACAAGUACCCCCAGUUCCAGGAGGCCCUGCUCAAGGUCAGCCGGUCCAUCAGCAACAGGCUGGAGUCAUCCGGGCCCUAGAGCGCCCACCCCAAGGAGGAGAUCAGUUUUGUGUAUCAUCAGGGGCUUCAAAUCUUUCUACCCUCAGAGACACCAGUUAAGAGAAACAGACAGGCCAGCAUUGUAGGAAUGUUUUUUUUUAAGCCACCCAGCAGUUUAAACCAAGUCAAAUUUCAGCGUUUCCAGUUGCAUUUCGGUGAGUCUUCCGCUUGCAAAGGCAGUGUCAGUGAACACGAACCCAUAUUCCCACAUUGGGCUUACUCCUCCAAGUAAAAUUGGAAACCCAGGUCUCUGCUCCUGCCCCCACUCCCAGCUUGGGUUAAAUCCAGAUUCCCAGCUUACACGAGCAAGUCCAGGGGGACCCUGGCUGCAUCUGGAAGCCUAAUGCCUGAGAUAAGACCACACAGGUGCAUGAACACAGACCUCCUUGUCUGCCCACUUGUCCUGCCCUCUCCUCCAGCCAGGGCUCCUCCCCCCACACUCUGAUUCCUGAGCCCCUGCUACCUAUGCCUUCUCUGCAGUUUAAAGGGAAAGUGUUCU